GAGAGAGAGUCCGCGAGAACCUCCCAACAUCUGCUGCUGCAGAAACUUCAGAGAAAGUGUGCAGCGCGUACAGUAGGACGAGCGCCGCUUGCAGGAUGGGUGAUGUGAAGCUGAGCAGAGCGGUGUCUCCUCUGGACGGAGGCUGGGGCUGGGUGAUUGUCGGAUGCUGCUUCAUGGUGACGGUCUGCACACGAGCGGUGACAAGGUGUGUGUCCAUCUUCUUCGUGGAGUUUCAGGCUCAUUUUGAAGCUGAUUACGCUGCGACGGCGUGGAUUCACAGCCUGGUUGACUGCACCACCAUGCUCUUUGCUCCUGUGGGCAGCCUGGUUGCUAACCGGUGGUCGUGCAGGGUGUCUGUGAUGUUGGGGGGACUCCUCGCCUCCUCUGGGCUCCUUCUCUCCUCCUUCAGCAGCAGCCUGGAGCUCCUCUACCUCAGCAUGGGAGUCCUAACAGGUGUGGGCUUUGCUCUCUGUUACACGCCCGCCAUCGUCAUGGUCGGCUGUUACUUCCGCAGACGGAAGGCGUUGGCGUACGGCAUCGCCAUGUCCGGCAGCGGGAUCGGCACAUUUGUGUUGGCGCCGGCGGUGCAGCUGCUCAUCGAGAUGUACUCGUGGAGGGGGGCGCUGCUCGUUCUCAGCGCCUUCGUGGCCAACCUAAUCGUCUGCGGGGCGCUGCUCCGACCAAUCACAGUGAAGGAGGACGAGACGGAGGGGAAUGAGGGGGAGUCAGGAGGGGGGGAGAAACCUGCCAACGUCUUGUCACAUGACGCCGAGCUCGCAGUGAAACUCUCCAAAGAAUCCGAGGACCACCUCCUGUCAUCAGGAAAUGUCGCCCCCCCGCAACUUCAGAAGAGGCGGCGUUGCUUCAGCUCCCAUUUCCUGUCUAGUAAGGAGUACCGCUUCCUGCUGUUACCUGACUUCCUGGGCCUGGCCGUGUCCUUCCUGUUCCUGGCAAGCGGCUGCAGCCUCCCCUUUGUCUACCUGGUGCCGUACGCCCUGAGCGUGGGCGUCAGCCACCAGCAGGCCGCCUUCCUCAUGUCCAUCCUGGGAGUCAUCGACAUCGUGGGGAACAUUACCUUCGGCUGGCUGACGGACAGACGGUGUUUAAAGCCAUACCGCCUGACGUGUUACAUCUUCUCUGUGGCGAUGGAGGGUCUCUGCUGCCUCUUCACUCCCUUACUUUGCUCCUUCUCCCUUCUUGUGCCAUUCGCCGUCCUCUACGGGUACUUCGACGGCGCCUACGUGGCGCUGAUACCCGUGGUGACGUCAGACCUGGUGGGAGCUCCGUACCUGUCCUCGGCGCUUGGCGUUGUCUACUUUCUCCAUGCAAUCCCCUACUUGGUCAGCCCGCCAAUUGGAGGUUGGCUCGUCGACCUCACGCAAAGUUACACCGCCACAUUCUUCCUCAGUGGCGCCGCCCUGCUGGCCAGCUCGCUCGUCCUCACUACUGUUGCCGGGAUACGACACUGUCGCCGCCAUCAGCUGACUUCCAUCACCAAGGACACCAAGCCUGAGCCGCUCCCCCUCAGUGUGUCGGACCAACCAGAAUGCCACAUCACCUAUAAGAAGGAGCUGGCUGUCACUGACACCGUCGCCUCGUAGCGUCAGAUGAAUCAACCAAUCGUGUUCAUGGACACAAGACUCAGUGGUGGGAGCUGUGAUUGGUCGAGGAAUCUGUCAAUCAAAUGCAAAUAAAUUAAGUCUCCCAUCACUGCAACAAAACUUCAUGCUUAUAUUUUUGUAGUCACAGGAGUCAAAGCCAAAAACUCCAGCUUCCUGUGUGGAGAGCCUCUGAUUGGUUGAUUUGAACCUCAGAGCUGGAGCACGACCGAGAAGAACAUUGUAAAUAGAUUUUGGAGUAAUCCCAGGAUAAAUCUACAGAGGGCGCUAAAUGCCAUAGUUCCCCGAUAUGAAACCAAGAAUCAGACCAGAACCAGACGGCUUCAAGCCCCGCUGAAACCUCUU